CAAAAAAAAAGGUUAAUUUAGUUUCCGAUGAAGCAGGCAAUAAGUAAGUUUAUUUCCGACGAGGUGAUUGAGAAUAUAUUCUUGAAAUUGCCGGCCGAAUCCAUACUCCGAUUCAGGUGCAUCUCCAAAUACUGGCAUUCAGUUCUCAGCAGUCCCCGUUUUGCCGCAUCUCACAGACAUCUCAAUCCGAAUCAAUAUUGUCUUGCUUUAGUAGAGGAUGAUUCUAUAAAUAUUGUACAAUAUGUUGGACUGCAACAGAAUGAUCCAGUUGCCGUCUUCACCAAGAAACUCUCUUUUCCUCCGACUCAGCAGAUAUUUCCGAUGUCCUGGCGCGAUAAUUCCAGCAGUAGGCUGUUCGUCUACUCCGGCUGGAAAACGGAUUUGUUUUGUUCUUGCAAUGGAAUUUUGUGCAUCGACAUGAUUGGUAACUUGCAUAAUGAUGAAACCAGUGUAUACAUGAGCGACCAUGUUACAGUGUUAUGGAAUCCAUGCACCAAUGCGUUCCGAGAAUUACCAAAAUCAGGCGGUUAUCCAAAAGCUGCUACGGACGGCAUCUUAGCUUAUCUAGGGUUUGUUUAUGAUUCAUCAAACAAUGACUAUAAAGUCAUAAAAGUUGAGCGUUAUUUUCAAGAUCACUUGAGAUCAGCAAUUGAUUUAUUCUCACUUAAAUCGAAUACGUGGACAAGCAUCGCCGAUGAUAUUCCGUACGAAAUUUGUGAUGAGGCAAUUGUAAUAAACGAGGGAAUGUAUUGGUUACGACGUGACAAUGAAGCAUUAAAUCUCGAAAUGUACCGGAUGUUUAAGAUGCGUGGUAAUCUUGAUUUUGAUGAAGAAGAAAAUGAAGCUUAUUUGCUGAGAAUAAAAACUCGAGAGAAACUGUUUCGCUUCGAUUUUACUACAAAAUUAAUCGCGGAGAUACCGUUACCUCAUAUGGGUGAAAAUUACAACCGCGAUGAAACACAAGAGUUUGCAAGUUUAGCAAGUGAUUACCUCUCUUUAUUUACCAAAAAUGGUGAUCUCUGGUUAUUGAAAGACGAAAGUUGGGUGAAACAUAUGACAAUCCCUCCAAUUUCUGGCGUUAAUUUGAUGCCAUUGUUUCUCACCGAAGAUAAUUCCAUUGUUACGCAUGCCUAUGAUCAUGCACAAAGAAGUAGAGAGAGACCUGUACAGGUUACCUAUGACCCGCAGAAGUCUUCCUUCAAGUUAUAUAAGGUUCAUGGAAUCCAACAUUCGUCUCGCGUCAUUUUAUACAACCAGACUCUUGUCUCGCCUUCGAUCUUCGAAAUUUUGUAGAAUCGUUCAACAAGUAAUUA